AUGGGAUUAGUGGCCACAUGACAACACUGGGCUGGCUGCCUGGCGAGUGAGCCUUUCAUUUGGCUUCCCUUGCAGAGGCACUGUGAGUGUGUGUGUGUGUGUGUGUGUGUGUGCUGUCCAACAGUUUACUGAGAGCUGGAGAUUUGCACACUUUAUUUUUGUGGAUCUGUAAAUGAAGUCUAAACCAGACAGCCUGGAAGCUCAAUUGAGAUGGCGCAGGACAUUACCAGCAUAGCGGAAGAGGACUUUUUUGAGGGGACAGCAGCCUGCUGUUCAGAUUCAGAAGCUUUGACCCAGGGAGACAAAGAAUAUGAGGAUAUUUUGGAGCUUAACCAGUUCGAUGGACUGCCGUAUUCCUCCAGGUUUUACAAGUUGCUAAGAGAAAGGAAAGAGCUGCCUGUGUGGAGAGCUAAAUGUGAGUUCAUGGAUACUUUGGCCAAAGGACAGUUUGUGGUUGUCAGUGGCUCUGCACAAACUGGGAGAAGUUCUCAGAUUCCUCAGUGGUGUGCUGAAUUCUGCCUGUCAGUCCAGUUCCAGCACGGCAUGGUGGUUUGUACCCAGACUCACUCACAGCAGGCGGUAGAUCUCGCCUUAAGGGUGUCUGAUGAGAUGGAUGUCAACAUCGGCCAUGAAGUUGGGUACAACAUCCCUUUGGAGACCUGCUGCGCUAACGAUACAGUCCUCAGGUUCUGCACAGACGACAUGCUCCUGAGAGAGAUAAUGUCGGACCCAUUGCUCGAGCGGUACGGGGUCGUGGUCGUGGACCAGGCCCACCAGAGGACUGUGGCCACUGAUGUUCUCCAGGGUCUCCUGAAAGACAUCGCCCUGCAGAGAGCGGACCUCCGCGUGGUCCUCCUCACAGCUGUCGAACCAGUGCCAAAGCAGAUGAAACACUUCACCGGGUCUGCGGUGCCUCUGAUCCGCCUGGAGAGCCCGGGUGCUGGGGAGGUGGUUUACAACAGCACCAGUGACGGAUACUUCUGCGCCGCGCUCCGUCUGGUGCUGGAGAUCCACCGCUCUGAAGAGGACGGAGAUGUGGUUGUGUUUCUGGUGACAACGCAGGAGAUAAAUCUGGCCCACGAUAUUCUGUGUCAUGAGGCGCACGCUUUGGCCCCUGACCUGGGGGAGCUCCUGCCCGUUGCUGUGCACCCCCGUCAGCCCGGGAGUCUACCUAACCCGGGGGAGGCGGGUACCAGACGGAGUCGUCAAGUGUUCCUCACAUCCAGUCCAAACGAGGACUUCUUCUGGGCUGUUAACUCGUUAAGCUUUGUCAUUGAUGCAGGGCUGGAGAAGAGAUAUGUUUACAACCCCAGAAUCAGAACAAACUCUGUCAUCAUUCAGCCAAUCAGCACAGUUCAAGCUUUGAGUCGCAGACAGCUGGCAGGUCCAACAGGGAAGUGUUUUUGUCUGUACCCAGAGGACAGACAGCUUCCUGCUGAGAUCCGCCCUCAUAUUGUGGAGUCUGAUAUCACCUCCACCGUACUUUUCUUAAAGAGGAUGGAGAUCGCUGGACUGCGUCAGUGUGACUUCAUCGACAGACCAGACCCUGAAGGCCUCAUGCAGGCUCUGGAGGAGAUGGACUACCUGGCAGCUCUGGAUAACGACGGGAACCUGUCUGAGAUGGGCAUCAUCAUGUCCGAGUUUCCUCUGGAGCCCCAGAUGGCCAAAACCCUGCUCGCGUCCUGUGAGUUUGACUGUGUCAGCGAGGUGGUCAUCAUAGCUGCCAUGCUAACAGCACCCACUUGCUUCCUGGUUCCCUCAGUGGACCUGAGGCCAGAGGCGACCCAGUGUCACAUGAAGUUCCAGCACCCAGAAGGAGACCACUUCACCCUGAUCAAUAUCUACAAGGCCUUCAAACAGUUCCAGGAGGAUCCAUACUGUGAUGUGGAAAAGUGGUGUCAGGAUUUCUACCUGGACCACUCCGCUCUGCUGAUGGCCGACGCUCUUCGCACUGAGUUCUCAGACACUCUGAAGAGGAUCGAGCUGCCCGUCUCAGUGCCGGCCUUUGGUUCUCGUAGCAACACCCUCAACAUUAAGAGAGCUCUGCUGGCAGGUUUUUUCAUGCAGGUGGCUCGGGACGUUGAUGGAUCAGGGAACUACUUCAUUCUGACCCACAAGCAUGUGGCACAGAUGCACCCUCUGUCCGGCUACGGAGCAAAGAGUCCCAAACUGGGCCUGCCGGAGUGGGUGCUGUACCACGAGCACUCAUUCUCUGAGGACAACUGUCUCCGCACUGUAUCCCACAUAACACCCGAACAGUUCAUUGAGAUGGCUCCUCAGUAUUUCUUCUACAAUCUACCAACAAGUGAGAGCAAAGACAUCCUGCAAAAUAUUUUGAACCACGGAGCAGCUGGGUACCCAGAGGAGAAACAUCAAACCUCUAAAGAAGAAGCGCGGGAGGAGACGUAUGACCGCUGCGUUGUACAAUGACUCACUGAGUCACUGACCCCGCCGUUGCACAAAAUGUCAUCACAGCACACUGUCAGAAUAGUUGUGAGACUGAUUAUGUCAUUUCAUGCUUUUUUUUAGAUGUUAUUCUUUCAUUUGUGGCCGUCUUUUCUCGUUUAUUAAUCUCAAUAUAACUUGUAUUUAUAUUUGAUUAAA